UGCUGGGUUACGUCAAGGGUAUCCCCACAUCGUAACCAACAAUAAUGGAGCUUUCGAAGCGCACAGGGCGGCCGAUGCACCCUUUGUGGGCGCACUUCCACCGCGGAGAGAAGCGCAACCGCUACCACUACCACGCGUAUUGUUCAUACUGUGUGGCUCGCCAUGGCGCGGACCAGGUACCGCCAACACGCGGGGUGUCCACCGACAUGCUCCGCCACCUCGAGAGCUGUCCGAAUUGUCCUCGUAAAGUGGUGGACACAGUUCGAGAGCUUUGCAAUGGACGGGAUCGAGUGACACACACCAAGAAGAACACAAACGUCGACUCGAGCUCUGGAAAUGUACAGACUGUGGACCAAGUUCUGCUCUUAGAUGCCGUAGCGUCUAGUGCCACAACAAUACAGACGCAGACAACGGCGGAUGACGCGGCAGCCGUGAUCGCUACUGCAGCGGGGACGGCGGAUAUUUCAGUAACUAGCAAAAGAACAGCGAAUGAAGCUCUAACGGAUGAGACGUCGCUGGACUCUGGUGGACAUGUAGACAAGACUGAAAGUGGGCAGAAUGUUGCUGAUUUUUUGACGAUAUCAACUAAACGUGUACGCACGGAGAGCAGUAACCCCACAGAGGAGGACACUUUAUCGAGAUGGAGGACCAGUUUGCUGCAGAUGGCAGUGGCGGCGGGUAUCCCCUUGUCCGCUUUCCAGAAGCAAGAAUUCCAAGAGUUACUACAGGUUAUGAGCCCAGUAAAACUGGACAAUAAUGAAGUGAUCAGUACUGUGGGCACUCCAGCGUUUCUGGAGGAGACAGCUGCCAAACUGGCCCAUAGGCAACUGGAUCGCGUGAAGGAAGGCAGCCUCAAUUCGACAAUUAAAAGUGGUCUCACGUUGAGUGUAACCUACUGGCGUGCCCUGGAUUUACAGCAAUUAGUGGCGUUUACGCUUGUGAAUUCCAAUGGAGAUGCCGCAUGUGUGCGCGUGGAAGACCUAGGAGGACACGUUUCACGACAUUCUGUUGGUAGCAACGACGCCACGUCUCCGAUGUCACUCCUACGUCCGGUCCUUUUGCUGCCACUAGCAAACGCCAUUGAGGACGUUCUACAGGACCUCAACGAAAAGAAUAUCUCUGUUAUGGGAAUCGUAGCUGAGUCGGCUGUAGCAUUAAGUGCAGCCAAGCGAGUUUGUAGGAGUGCACAGUGGCGUUCUCUACUGGUAGUUCCGUGCAUGUCUGCGUUGCUGACGUCCCUAGCUGGCAGUGUCUUGACACAUGAGGCUUAUCGUGAUGCGGUGGGGCAGCUAGUGGAGUUGGCUGCGUAUUUUUCCAACUCUCAACUGCAGACGUCAUUGCGUGCCAUGUCUGGAGAGGACGAUGCACGUAUCCCCCUCCCUACAAGAGACCACUGGUUCUCGUUUGUGGCUAGUCUGACCAAAGCUCUGCACUACAGUGACGCUAUCACUGCAUUGUGUCAAGAGGAAGCAGAAUCGCCUUUGCCAUUACCACUACGCGAACUCGUUCUGGGUAACGACGGUCGCUUGUGGAGUACGCUGCGAGAGGUAGCUGUGCUUCUUGCUCCACUACGAGAAGCUUACAGCCUCGUGUUCCAGGCCAAACCUAAACUGGACGACAUCAACAAUGAAUACGACAAUGACGACGAAUGCGCGACUACAGUGCAUGGAGGACUUACUCUCGCUCACAUCAUGUACCAGCUUGGUCGCAUGAGUCAGCAGUACGCGGAGCUAGCAGAAUCUGCCGAUAUGAACUCAUCGUCGAACAAUGAUGAUACGGCUGUCGUAGCACGUCGACUUCAUGACGUUUUGGAUGCGAUGUGGCAGCGCUAUGACCUGCCCACGAUGGUGCUUGCGUACGUGUUCGACUUCCACAUGGACUUUGAACGACUCGAUACCAGCAACAAAGCGCUGCAAUGGAAGUCCGUGACUUCAUAUUUCCAGCUUUACUUCCAGCGCUGGUUCUGUCAAUCAACAGAAAACCAGAGCGAAGCAAGUACUUUAACGUCGAGCAAAGUGGAAUCCAUCUUGAAUGCGUAUCAACUCCGCCGAUUCCCGUUCGAUGCCGACACGACAGAUUGCUACACGGAUGUUUCGUCGUUCUAUUCGUUCGUGUCGGACUCGCACCCGGAGAUAUGCGCUCUAUGUUGUCGUGUGUAUGCAGUUGCAUUGGCGUGUGCUGAUCUACGUCGUUUGGUUCGUGGUAUUGGCUUCCUUCCAGCUAUUGCACAGACAACUGCGCGUCCCAAGCAGAUCGAAUUGUUACUCCAUGUGGGAUUUGCAACCAAUUUGAAGAGAACAACUCGCAUCUCUCAUGCAGGCAAUGUUCUACCGGAGCUCGUGCAAGCAAGUCGUCCUGAAGAAUUACUCUGCAGUCAGGAAGAAUGGGAUACGUUCGCGAGCGACUGGAGAGACCUUCUGGAUCAUGAAUUGGUAAUCGAUGAGUUGGAACAAACGCAGCAGCUUCAAGGACGCGGCAGCAUUGAUAGUCAGCAAGAUAAGAGUGACGAAAGUGUCAAACUAUCGCUCAACCAGCUCUUCUUUGAGGCACUUCCACCUCUCCCCGCUGCUGUUGUGGUUGCACCUUCACCUCACGACCCAUCUGGAGCAAUAACUCAGGCAUCAGUUGCUUUGUAGCUGCUGUCUACGAGUUUAUUUAACUGACUACAAUAGUUAGUUGUCACGAUGUGGCUUGGCGCGCCAUUUUCUCGCGUAGUAGACUCAUGCGGGAGAUAAUUUUGCGGCGGUUGAUGGCAUUUGUAGUGGUCUCCAACUGCACUUGGCAGCACGCGAGUGCACGUUCCAAGUCCUCGCUUGCUACUAACGCAAGGACGAGGUUGUUGAGGAUGGUACGUUCCCGUUUGGUGUCCUCAAUGGCGCGAGUGAUGUCGAGACAGUGCUGGUAGCAACGCACAGCCUGAUGCGGAUUCUUCUUGUCCAAGUACACGGUGCCCAGAUUGCCAAGUGCGCGCGCUUCGACGACCUGGUCUCCAGUUGCACGCGCCAUUUCUUGAGCCAACAUGAAGCGGAGAAGUGCGUCAUCUAACCGCUUCUGCUUGUAAAACUCCAUCCCGACGUUGAGUUCGUCCAGUGCGGAGGUAGUUGGAGUGGUUUGAGUCGCCGGGCUUGUCGCUGUAGGGUCAAAAGAUCCGUACACGUCCGAGUUUGGAGGCGGCAACGACUUUGGUGACGCUGCUGGUCUCUUGUGUGUUGGCGCUCCAUCCCCAGCGAGUGAUAAAGCAGCAAAGUCUCCGUAAAUAUCGGUGCUUGAAGAAGCUUUCUUGUUAUCAAAACUGGACUUCACGGUCAUGGGAGGAGGAGGGGGUCCUAGUGUUUGCUCCCAUUGAGGUCUCUUUUCCUCAAGCUCGUCUGCCAGCGAAGCAAACCUGCCAUAGUCAUCGGUAGCUGGCUGAUCCCGUGGAUUCCCGUUGUUCGAUGCUGAUGCUGCUGUUGGCUUACUUACAGUGACGCUUGCAAAGGAUCCGUACGCUCCAGUAUUUACAAAACCUGGUUGAAUUGUAGAUGGUGGUGACCUUGAGAACGUAGUGGUUUGUUGAACUCGUGCUGCCAUUUGCUGCGACUCGUGUGGAUAUGUGGAUGCCAAGUUCGCGAAUGAGGCGUACUCAUCGGAUACAGGUGUACGGUGCAGUGUACUGCUGGAACCGUGAGCUGCUGCGGGCUGUGCUUCUUCUUCAGGCUGUCGCUGUUGGGCAAAAGUUGCAAAAUUCCCAUAGUCGUUAGCAAGCGGUCCCGACGCAGACGAAACUUUCCCAUCGCUCCAUGUUCCAUGGCCAAGUUUCUUGUCUUCGUAAUGGCGAGUGGGCGGCACAUUCUCUGGUAUUUCCACACGACGCACCGUAGGCGGCGCUAGUGAAUCCAACGAAAAACUUGCGUAGUUAUCAGAGAUCGCUCCGCUUGUGUUGCUAGUGUUUGCGCUGAACGAUGGCAUAUUGAGAAACGACGAUUGCGAUGGAGGGGUUCGCGAAAACAGCAUCGCUGCCGUGUUAGCCGAUGGCUCAGGGUUCCCAAAAGAUUCGGUGCUAAAUGCCGCAUACGAGUCGCUUUGUUGGUCCUGCAUGGCUCUCACCGCCGCCAGUUCCUGAUUGCACUUCGCAGAGAACUCCGAGGCCACCUACAACAAACGUUAGUUGAUCUUCUAGCUCAAGCCUGUACGAACUAACGUACCCCGUAUUUAAGUCUUCCGGAGCUGGACUGGAUAAACGCUCCAAUGGACGGAUACGUGCGCUGUCUAACACUCGCAGUCGCACCUCCACGUCUUACCGCCUCUGUAAGUGCAUACCCCGCCGCCCCCAGAUUGCUCACAAGACAGUUCUUCAGUUCCCGUCGCCCCGGAGUAUUCGAACUCGGCGAAUGAAUUUUGAGGUAUGUGAGUGUGAAUUUCGUCGGAUGAGACUCGGAAAACCGCACCAGAAAUGCCCCAUCGCUGCGUUCUCGACUGGACAGCACACUCUCGGCCUCGACCCGCCCUAUUUCUCCAUGAAACCAAGGCACCAACUCGUGGUUUUCGCUGAAGCAUGCCACCAAUUUGGACAGACUUAACUCGAGCGGUCCGAAGCGGGCGAUGAAGCGACGGAACUGCAACAAUAGCAAUGAAGAGAACAUGUAAUAAGCAUUAUAAAGCACGGUGUUGCAUUGAAUUGAGCUCUCCC